AUGCCGCUCGCCAUUGCCGUCCCCUCGGCGGCGGCGCUCCGGCGGCCAUAUCACUUCCGCUUUCUCCACCCUCCCAGAAAGCUUAGCCUAUCGAGAACACGCUGCGCCCCUUCGCCCCCGGCAGAGGCGCAGCCAGUGCCUCCGCAACCCCGGCGAUACCCGAGGCAGUACCCAGGCGAGGCGGUGGGCGUUGCCGAGGAGAUGCGGUUCGUCGCCAUGCGCCUCCGCAACACUAAGCGCACUACUCGUAAGGGCAAUAAUAGGGCUGACGGAUCCGGGGAGGACGAUGAAUCGAGGGAGGAUGAGGUGGAGGACAACGACGACAUGGACGAGGAGGGAAACGACGAAGUGAAGGAGGAGGAGGAGGAGGAGGAGGAGGAGGACAACCAUGAAGUGGAGGAGUGGAUGCCCAGCAUGGAAGGGUUCGUGGGCUACCUUGUGGAUAGCAAGCUUGUCUUCGACACCGUUGAGCGGAUCAUAGCCGGGUCUACGGACGUCGCCUAUGUUUACUUCAGGAAAAGUGGUUUGGAACGUUCGGCUAGCAUUGAAAAAGAUUUGGAGUGGUUCAGAGAACAAGCAAUUGAAAUUCCAGAGCCAAGUACUUUUGGAUCAACAUAUGCAGCUUAUCUGUCUGAAUUGGCUGGGAGCAGUGCCCCGGCCUUCCUUUCCCAUUAUUACAAUCUUUAUUUUUCUCAUACAACUGGAGGGUUGGCGAUUGGUAAAAAGACGUGCGACAAAAUUUUGGAUGGGAGAUUGCUGGAGUUCUACAAAUGGGAUUCUGACCCAGAAAUUUUACUAAAAGAUGCUAGGGAGAAGCUUAAUGAGCUUAGCAAGCACUGGUCUCGGAAGGACAGGAACUUGUGCUUGAAAGAAGCCGCAAAAUGCUUCCAGUACAUGGGGCGGAUCGUGCGGUUAAUCGUUUCAUAG